AUGCGCAGAAGACGAGGAGAUGACUUGAGCUUCAUGACCUCUAGAAAGGAUGUCAAGAAGGCGAUGAACAAGGCCUUGAAGGUCAAGGAAAGCAGGUCCACAGACAAAAACAACGAGAUUACUCCAGCAGCGGUCAACAUGUUGAAAGAAUCAAAUGCAGUCUCCAUAGCUGUGUUUGAAACCUUGUUGUCAUUUAUUGCUGUAUCGAAAUCAAAGUCCAACCAUUGGUUCUCCAAGUUGGUGCAGCCCAAAAGAGUAGCUUGCGAGGAAGUUGAGGAUACAAAUGAACUUGAGAAGGUGGAUGUUGCAUUGAACUCUCUUAUUAGUGACAAGUCAAGGAAAUUUGAUUACACAAUCGAACUCGAGAAUGUUCAAUGUUUUCUCCAAGAAUUGGAGGCAAAAAUUCAAGAUAUCGAAGAAGGAAUCGAGGGACUAUUUAGGCGUUUAAUCAAAGCCAGAGUCGCUCUUCUCAACAUAUUCAACCAUUAG